CGCAAUGUUAGCCUCCUUCCGAAAGAGAGCCCGUGUACACAGUGUAGCGACCGAGAAGCUCCAAUAAAACUACCAAAAUGUACGGUUUAGCCCGCCUCGUCGCCCCAGUCUCAAGGACCAUGGUUGCCAGCAACCGUGCUGUCCUUCGACCUCUCGGCAGUGUGAUGACAACACGAACACAACCAGAAGAAGUACAGUCUAGAAGUCUAAUGACCGUCAGCAACAAUGUCUCGGGCCUCAAUUUAUCAUUGAACUCAAAAGUCUUAUCAGUUCUUAAUAAUCAGAUCGCCAAUUUCCAGACAACUGCAGCUCAACGAGAUAUCGAUCAGGCCGCAAAAUACAUUGGUGCUGGUGCAGCCACAGUAGGAGUAGCUGGAUCAGGAGCUGGUAUCGGCAGUGUAUUUGGUAACUUAGUUAUUGGUUACGCCAGGAACCCCGGACUAAAACAGCAACUCUUCUCCUACUGCAUCCUGGGAUUCGCCCUGUCCGAAGCCAUGGGUCUCUUCUGCCUUAUGAUGGCUUUCUUGAUCCUAUUUGCCUUUUAAGUAUGCGACUUCUUAGGAAAUAAUAAUUUUGGACGGUUGAAAGUGUGAAUAUUUAACUAUGUAAAUGACACUAAGGAUCGUAGUUGUCUUCACAAUCUUUGGACAUUUCUAGUUUGUGCUCUAGAAGGAUCCUGUUACAACCAGUUGAGCAGUCACUGAUUUUGAUUCUUUUUAGUGGACCAUUGCCUGUUGGAUGUGAAAUUUCCUCCUCUGGCCAGCCCCCUUGUCUUGAUGAAUGCUACCUCAAUUCAUGGCAUGAAUGCUACCUCAGUCAGGGGUGCUUGUUGCUUAUAAAGACCAAUGAUGGCUUACUGUUGCAUGUCAAGCAUGACUUUUAAAAGGGUGGGGGAAUUUCCAAUCUAACUUGUCUGUAAAUUAUUAUCAUGUACAUAUUGUCUCUGCUCUCGAAGUGGCUGUCGACAGCCCUCGAUUGAGGGAGUUUCAACAGUCACUUGACCCUCAAUUGAGAUUGCCUACCUUAAACUGGAGGCCCUCUCAAUUCAUAACUUUCUGGGGGUUGUUCUCUCCAUGUGCUAAAUCCUGUGCAGAAGUCAAAGGAUCGAAAUCUGUGAUUGCACAACAUGCCAAUUCCAAUAUUGAGGAACAAGCUGGGUCGAUAUCAUUGUACAGAAUUUCUAGAAAACGUUCCUGGUCAUAACAAAAGGUAAUAAAUUGGUUGAUUCUGUAGAUUUUGUCUAAA